AUGGCAAAAGUUUGGGAACCUACAGAAACUUUGCGACCCGACACGGGGAAGGCAGCAACGAUUUCCCUUCAGCGGCCGCGCGACGGGGAGCAUUGGCAACAGUUUCAGCUCGAGCUGGGACAUUGGUUCCCAGCAUUGAAAUGGCUUAUCAAGGAGUUCCGACUUCAUAUUGGUUACGAAACGCCAGAUGAGGAGGCGGGUGUGCGCUUCUGGUUGGAGCAAAUUGCCAAGCGCUCCUGCCUCAGAACAAUUUGCAUUGAUCUUCGAUUUUAG